CAUCAUCGGUAAGUAACUAAGACGUGUUUGUUUCUUUGAAAGCAAAGUAAAAUACGUGUUCGUUUCAGCUUAGCCAAAAGACCAAUAACCAAACACAGAGAGAGAGAGAGAGAGAGAGAGAGAGAGUAAAGGAGAGAGCAUUCUAGAGAGGUUCAGUGAGAUUAUUAGUGGAUGUGUAUGUGUUCAACAGAGGGAGACAUGUUCAACUUCAACCCAACACUUGAACUACUUGCUUCUCCACACCUUACCAGAUCCCAAAGGUCAAGAUCUACAUUUUAAGUAAUGGUUGCGUUGAAGGUUGCAUGAAGUCAUUUCUCUUUAUGAAUCAUUCUGAAACUGAGCCCAGUUAUUCACAAGUUGAUUGUAAUAACUCAAUGGCUCAUGCUCCUUAUCCAUAUGGUGAACCAAUUUUUGCUGGUCCAUUUGUUGCUUAUGGACCACAGGAUGUUAAUCAACCCCAAAUGUUGUUGCCUCAUAUGCUGGGAUUGGCAUCCACUAGAGUUGCAUUACCACUUGAUCUUGCACAAGAUGGACCCAUUUAUGUCAAUGCGAAGCAAUACCAUGGUAUACUGAGAAGGCGACAGUCACGAGCAAAGCUUGAGGCACAGAACAAACUCAUCAAAAGUCGUAAGCCAUAUCUUCACGAGUCUCGGCACCGCCAUGCUUUGAAUAGGGUUAGGGGGUCUGGGGGGAGGUUCCUCAGCACGAAACAGCUUUCGCAGUCUAAUGCAGAAUUUGUCACUGGUGGGCAUUCUGGCUCUGUCAAUUUCAGCAGAUAUCAAGAGGAUCCUUCAGAGCUGGAAAGACAUUCCUCAAAAACUGGAGACAAUGCAUCUUCCAUCACAACCUGCUCUGAUCGGACAUUUUUAUCUGGUAAUAGUGUCAAUUUUAGGCAGCAAGAGCACAUCUUUCUGGGGACCUCUGCAAACAUGGGUGGAGCACCACAAUGCAGUGCGGGACUCACCUUCGGUGGAACAAAGCAACACGCUUCGGUUGUCCGGUGAAAGAUUUAACCUACCAAAAUCUAUUUCAUCGGUUCGGCAAAUCAUCCUUGGCUUAAUCGGUUUGGUUUCUGUGUUUUCAUGCUUCAGUCACUUCAGUAUGUUUUCUCAUGUGUUCUUAGUUCUUACAGACAUGUCUUUUUGAGAGACUUUACAGUCUGCAUUAGCACUCGGACCUUUCUUGUUCCGUUCCUAUGUGAUCUGAAGUUGCUAUUGAUCAUUUUGAACUA